AUGUCUGACAAGAUUCCUGACUACGCUCCAUCUGAUUACUUCAAAUUUGCCCUUGCCGGUGCCAUUGGCUGUGGUUCCACCCACAGUUCUUUAGUCCCAAUCGAUGUCGUCAAGACUAGAAUCCAACUAGAGCCUACCGUUUACAACAAGGGUAUGAUUUCAUCCUUCAAGAAAAUUAUCGGUGAGGAAGGUGCCGGUGCGUUAUUGACUGGUUUUGGUCCAACUUUACUAGGUUACUCUAUUCAAGGUGCUUUCAAGUUUGGUGGUUACGAAGUGUUCAAGAAGCAAUUCAUCGAUUUACUGGGUUAUGACACUGCUUGUAACUACAAGAACUCUGUUUACAUGGGUUCUGCUGCAAUCGCCGAAUUUAUCGCUGAUAUUGCCUUAUGUCCACUGGAGGCCACUAGAAUUAGAUUGGUCUCUCAACCAACGUUCGCUAACGGGUUGAUCGGUGGGUUCUCUAGAAUAUUGAAGGAAGAAGGUGUUGGUUCUUUCUACAAUGGUUUCACUCCGAUCUUAUUUAAACAAAUUCCUUACAAUAUCGCUAAGUUCUUGGUCUUUGAACGUGCCUCUGAAUUAUACUACGGUAUUGUCGGCGCCAAAGAAACUUUAUCCUCAAGUAUGAACACCGGUAUUACACUAUUGUCUGGUUUAACUGCCGGUCUUGCCGCUGCUAUUGUUUCUCAACCAGCUGACACUUUGUUAUCCAAGGUUAAUAAGGUCAAGAAAGCGCCAGGUCAAUCAACCAUCGGUCUAUUGGGUCAAUUAGCCAAACAAUUAGGUUUCUUCGGUUCAUUCGCUGGUCUGCCAACUCGUUUAGUAAUGGUCGGUACUUUGACCUCAUUACAAUUCGGUAUCUACGGUACUUUGAAGAAGUCCCUUGGUUGUGGUCCUACCAUUGAAAUUGGUGGUGGUGGUCACUAA